CCACCUGUAAUCUUCUACUGCUGCUUCCAAAUAGGACUACUAGCGCGACAAACACUCGCUGUCGUUCAUGUAAAUCUGUCAGUUAUCAGAUGUUUGCCGGUGGUACCGUAGCUUCUUCAGCACAUACAGUGUAGCUGCAGGGUUUUUCUGAUCCAAGCAGGCCAUUUGAUUACAAUCCCUCUUUUGGAAUUCUUAACACAUUUAUGAACCUAAAUCAUAUCUCUGUUAGCAAGGCUAACAGGGAAUCUUCAUUGCUUCUGAACAGCUGGUCAAAUGAUUGAUUACACUCUUGGAUAACUUGAAUCAAAACAUUUUAUGCAAAAUGAAGCUGAAGCAAAUGUUGGCAAUCUGUGGUGGCAUUGUAGUAGCAUCAAUCUGUUUUCUCUUGUAUUUAACUAUGGACAUGGCCAUAUUUCCAACAAAAAGUGCAACAAUUCAGCAGGAAUUCCAAAAUAAUCAAUGGCUGCACUUCGAAAAUCGUUUAAAAAAGCUAGAGUCAAGUCUGAAUAAGAAUCAUAAUGAUGUUGGUGAAAUUAAGCAGGCAAUUAGGCAAAUAAUUGCUCCAGAAGACAGCCACCCAUUAGGAAAUAUACAGGAAGGCCCAGAGGAAGUAAAACAUGAUUUUCCACCAGCAUCUGCAAUAAUUUACAAUCAAACAUGUUCAAUUAGUUUACAUCAGACACCAAAGAAUCAUGUUCAAAUGCUGGAACUAUAUGAGGAUAUUAAAUUUGAUAAUCCUGAUGGUGGAGUAUGGAAACAGGGAUGGAAAAUUGAGGUGAAUGACAAUUACUGGAAUAAACAGAAUAAAUUGAAAGUUUUUGUUGUACCUCAUUCACACAAUGAUCCUGGGUGGAUUAGAACUUUUGAGGAAUACUACUUGUCACAAACUAAGCACAUUCUCAACAACAUGCUGGAAAAAUUACAAGAAGAUCCUAGAAGGAAGUUUAUUUGGGCAGAGAUUUCAUUCUUUGCAAUGUGGUGGGACGAGUUGGAUAAUACAGCUAAGAAUAUUGUUAAAAGGCUUGUACAUUCAAAUCAAUUAGAAAUCGUCACGGGUGGCUGGGUGAUGAACGACGAGGCAAACUCACAUUGGCUCUCUAUUGUACACCAACUGACGGAGGGCCAUCAAUGGUUACAGCGCAACUUGAAUUACACGCCUACGAGCAGUUGGUCCAUCGACCCGUUUGGUAUGAGCGCCACACAACCUCUAUUGCUGAACAAAGCUGGCAUAUUGAAUUCGCUUAUACAGCGUGUGCACUACUCUGUGAAGAAGAAGCUAGCUUUGGAGAAACAGCUUGAAUUCCGAUGGAGGCAGAUGUGGGACAGCAAGGGAUCAACGGACGUUUUCACCCACAUGAUGCCUUUCUACUCCUAUGACGUGCCACACACUUGCGGCCCGGAUCCGAAAAUCUGCUGCCAAUUUGACUUUAAACGCUUACCGAACCACGGGUUGAAGUGUCCGUGGCACAUACCGCCAGUGGAAAUCAAUGAUAGGAAUGUGGCUGAACGUGCUGAAACACUUUUGGACCAAUACAGAAAAAAGUCGCAGUUAUAUAAGACAAACGUGGUGUUGGCGCCGCUCGGCGAUGAUUUUAGGUACGACCAUUCGACCGAAUGGGAUGUGCAGUACAACAACUACCAGAAGUUAUUUGAUCACAUGAAUGCCAAUCUCGGCCUACACGUGCAUGCGCAAUUUGGAACGCUUACAGACUAUUUCAAUGCAGUGCAGAAGGAAAAGUCUUUAGGCGAGUUCCCUUCACUGUCCGGCGAUUUUUUCACGUAUGCAGAUAGAGAUGAUCAUUAUUGGAGUGGUUAUUACACAUCACGUCCGUUUUAUAAACGGAUGGAUCGCGUGCUUCUGCAAUAUAUUCGAUCCGCUGAGAUUAUUCUAUCUUUGGCGCAUAUUAGUGGUCUACCCGGAAGUCGCUUGAUUGCUGAAAAGGAAAAUAAUUUGGAUCGUGCCCUGACUGAGGCAAGACACUCUUUAGCUUUGUUUCAACAUCACGACGGCAUUACUGGAACAGCUAAAGAUGCCGUCGUCAACGAUUACGGACAAAAAAUGAUGGACGCGAUUUUAAGCUGCCAGAGUGUCAUUCAACAAAGUGCAAAUUUGCUACUUGCAGGGCCCGGCGCUGAUGACCCUACCACCGAUACAAUUUUCUACAACAUUGACGAUGUCAAACAAACACAGGAUACUCUAUCAGAACAAUACACCAUUACCAUUGGCUUGGAGUUGAACACGAAGAAGAUUGUUAUUUUUAAUUCACUUACGAUCAAUCGACACGAAGUUGUUACUCUAAUCGUAUCGACGGCGAACGUUGAGGUCUUGGAUCAACGCGGCGCGCCGGUCGUUUGUCAAGUGGCACCAAUAUUCGAGCAUGUUUAUUCGCUGUCUACUUCCAAGUAUCGCGUUUCGUUCAUUGCAAAAGUCCCAGCGUUAAGUCUUACUAGUUACGUCAUUCGUGCACUCUCUGAUAAUGAAAUACCUCGCGGAACCAUUACGUCAAAAGUAAAGGUUUACAAUUUGUACGCAGAACUGCAGAAACCGCGCGGAUUUGAAAACAUUAAUGUUUCACCAAGUGCAAGUGAGUUUUCCAUUCAGAAUUCUCGCAUUGUUGCCUCAUUCAACAAAUUAGGCCUGUUGAAAGCAUUGAAAACCGGCAAACAUACUUAUCCGGUACACUUAGAUUUCGCCCGGUAUGGAGCACGUCGUACCAACGAGCGAAGUGGCGCAUAUUUAUUUUUACCUGAUGGUGAUGCCGUCCCACUGAAAAUUGAAAGUACUGUGGUUAAAGUAAUUGAAGGUCCCCUUUAUUCGCAAGUUAUUGUGGUGAUUCCCUAUGUGGUUCAUACUGUCACAUUGUACAACACGACCGGUGCGGAUGGACUCGGACUGGAAAUUCAAAAUAUCGUUGAUAUUUCGAAAACUUCCAACUUUGAGUUAGUGAUGCGCUUUGCGACUAAUAUCAAAAACAAUGAUUUGUUUUAUUCUGAUUUAAACGCGUAUCAGGUGGUCAAGCGAAAACGCUUUAAGAAGUUACCGCUGCAAGCGAAUUACUAUCCUAUGCCAUCGAUGGCAUAUAUUGAAGAUAAAAUUACUCGCCUGACGUUGUUGACGGCGACUUCAUUGGGAGUUAGUUCAUUGCGCGAUGGGCAUAUUGAGGUAAUGCUUGAUCGAAGAUUGAAUCAAGACGACAAUCUGGGUUUGGGGCAAGGCGUGCUUGAUAACAAACUCACCCGACACCUGUUCCGUAUACUCGUAGAACGAAAAACACAACCGUGUCAGGCCCAGUCUGAAGAUCAUCCUUCCGGUUUUCCUACAGCAUUGGCGCACAUUGCAUCUGAAACCUUGCAGAACCCUCUCCUGCGUUUACUCCGUACGGAGGAUGAAGAUACGGUGUCGCAUUCCAGCUAUUCUCACACUAGUGCUGAAUUUGGCAUUGAUUAUGUUCUGGCAGCGCUUAAAACUGGAAUAUUUGUUAAGAACAAGGAAUACGUCGGAAUGAUAUUGCAUCGCAAACAUUUGGACACGUGUUUUAUGGAUCAGAAAUCUCUGGAGCAGUUUCCCUCAGCCAUGGAACUGUUAAUAUUAAAAAUAUACUACCAACGUCAUCAACGAAUUCCAAACUCAACAAAGCUACACUGACAUUCCUCGAAAUUUUGGAGUCUAUCGACGUUGCGAGUGACAUUAGCUUGUGUCCUAUGGACGUACAAGCUUAUUUAUUACAUCGGUAAGUAUUUAUAUGUACUUUUACAAAAUCUACUGUAUUUAUUAUACCAAAUGUGUUUAGUUAGGUGCAAUUAUUGAUUAUAAAAUAAUAAAAGUAACUGUGUUAAUAAA